AUGUCUAAUUUACCAUCAACAAUGAAAAACGUUUCCCAUCAGUCGUUCAAUUCAUGUUUCGGCAGCUUCUUUCUGGUAGCUGAAAAUAAAGAAAUGAAAUUUUACUCUGCUGUCAAUAACUCCACAAGAAUGAUCAUCGAUGAAAGAGUUCUUCUCAUGACUUGGUUAAUAUUAUUAAAGCCUUUGACUUUAGCGGUGUUGAAGAAGCAGAGACAAAUUGUUCUGAAAUAUUCCCAGAGAUGUGAAAAAAUCUUGAUUCCUAACGGUGACAACGAAGAAAAUUGUCAAAAAAGAGGUUUUGCAUAA